UUUUCAUUUCACUUCAACGAAACAGAACUACUUAUCAGGCUCAAGGAAAGAGUCAGUAACUGAGUUGUUAGUGAAGAGAUGUCCAGGUCACAUUUGUGACAAUUUCGUCAUGAAAGGCUACAGCACAAGACCCGUUACUAAUCCUUCUAAUGGUACAAACCAUGGAAAUGGAUUCUUCUACAGCCUCCUAGAGACAUAACUCCCAUAAGUGUACGUUAACUUAUAACGACACUGUUGGCAACGAGGAAGUGAGAUCUGUUUAUUCUAGUUUCCAGCUAAUUUGUCUAGUCACAAUCGAACGACUUGAUGAGUAGGGUCGGACCAAGUUAGGUCGACCGAACAUGACUGUUUUCAUGGCUUUUGAUGCUGUGAGUUUCAAGUGGGCUAUCUGUUAACCUGAUUUAUCGUAACGUAUUUUGCCGUAGAUGACGGGGAGUUGGGUUUGCUCAGUAUGGAGUGCGGCGCCAUCAUCAUCGAUCAAUACUGGAACUGACUCAAGUAACAAAAAUUGAUCUCUGAGAAAGAACAGGAUAAGGAGUUGUCCGACAAAAUGAAGCGCUAUGUGACCGCUGGCCUAUGCUGUAUCGGAUUGCUUGUAGUGUACGCAAUGCGUGUCAAUUUAGCAGUAACAGUGAUCACAUUAAUUGAUAACAGGGCCGCCGAAAAAGUUGGUACCAGUGAUGCCGCGAUGAAUAUACCAAUCAUUAACUGGGACAUGACUAUGAUCGGCUUUCUACACAGUAGUUUCUAUAUAGGGCAUUUGCUGACACAGCUGCCAGCGGGCUAUUACGCUAGACUUUUUCCAUCUCAUAGAAUGUUCGGGGGCUGUAUCUUACUGUCUUGUGGACUGAAUCUACUUGUGCCUGUUUCUAUAGACAACGGCAUCUAUCCGCUGACCUGUGUUCUCAGAAUACUGCAAGGAAUGAGUGAAGGACUGGUAAUCCCCACGUUAUACGCUCUUCUUGGUCAUUGGGUGACUCCACAAGAGAGGGGAAGGAUGGGAUCUCUCGUAUUUACAGGCAUGUACUCGGGAGCCAUAUUUGGAUUUCCAAUCUCUGGUGCUAUUACUCAUUUCAUUGGCUGGCAGUACGUCUUCUAUCUCCACGGUGGUAUCGGCAUUCUUUGGUUCAUCAUCUUUUUCGCAUGCGUGUAUGAACGGCCAGCGUACGACCCUACCAUCUCAAAUGAGGAACGUAAGCUGAUAGAAGACCGACAAGGAAGCUCAUAUUCGGAUUUUGAGAUCAGUAAGGUGCCCUGGAGGUCUAUCUUGACGUCACUUCCGUUUUGGGCAAUAUGCGUUUGCUACUUCAGCAGGAGUUGGGUAUUCUAUUUACUGCUGACAAACGAACCAACAUACCUGAAUGUCUUUGGCUUUACAAUUGCUCAGAACGGACUUUUGUCAUCGUUACCGCACAUUAUGAUGGUUUGCUUCACAGCCCUUAGCGGACCAGUAGCUGAUAUGUUAAUACGAAACCCCUUACUUACCGUUACUGAUUCUAGGAUAAUAUUAAAUUCCAUAGGUUUUGGAAUGGAGGGUAUUUGCCUCAUCUUCCUGGCAUUUACCGUGAAUGGCGCAGUGGCACUAGUGUUUUUGACUAUUGGCGUGGGCUUUAGUGGACUCACAGUUUCAGGCUGGCAGAUCAAUCAUUUAGAUAUAGCGCCAAAGUACGCCAGCAUAUUAGCAGCCAUCUCCUCCAUGUUGGGUACAAUUGCUGGGAUUCUAGGACCGGUUGUUGUGGCUGCUAUAACGUUUGAGCAGACUGUUAGCAACUGGCAGAUCGUGUUCUUGAUAUCUGGUAUCAUUAUUUUAACGUCAGCUGUCUUUUUUGCUGUGUUUGGCUCGGGCGAAUUACAACCUUGGGCGACGACAAGAACAUUAACAUUCUUAACGAAAACCGACCCAUUUCACUCUACGUACAAGACGAUAGAGGCACAACCUGAAGAUCCAGGUAUAAGUCCAAACGCGCAGGCUCAGGGUGUCCCCAGGCCACAAGAAAUGCAAGAUCUAAGAUCGAUAAUAAGCGAAGCAGUGUCUCCAAACGAAAAUGGAGAGAAAGGAAGUGUUUCUGGAAGCGAUGCAGAAAUGGACAACGCACCGGCUGACGACGUUAAAAAGGACAGAGACGACACGGGAUAGACUCACAUGG